CGUCUCUAUCCCACCAUGUCGUUUUCCCAGUAGAUAUCCUGCCGGUGCAGGUCAGAUAAUUGGCUGGGGUUGAAUAUCAUGCGUGCUGAAGAGGAAGCAUCGCGCUGCAAUGGCGCCGCACACGACUCGCUAGGGUGCAUCGAAGCGCGCAUCCCGGAGGACAUCCUGCAGCUCAUAUUCCAAGCGGGCGUCCGGCAAUUUCCCCACCCCGCCGCCUUCCCGUCGGCGACCCCUCCCCUCGAGAUCGCGCUGUCCCAUGUCAACCGGCGGUGGCGGGCGGCGGCGCUUCGUCUCGCCGAGCUGUGGUCCCGGGUGACGGCGUCGCCGUUCGAGCCCCCGGAGAAACUCGAUGUGUAUCUGCAGAGGUCGUGUGGCCACGCGCUGGGGGUCUGUCUGUUCCUGAUGAGGGACUUUUGGAGCGCGGAGCUGCUCACGCGCAUCCGGCCGUGUCUGGGCCGGAUCGUCCGCUUGCAUGUCGUCACGGACUUCGUUGCCCCGGACUCGCUCGUCAGCGCGCACUUCCGCGCGUUCGAUAUGCCGCAGCUGCGCACUUUUCUCUUCACACCGCUGGACACCGAGUUUAAUCCUGCGGCCGGCGGCGGCAAGCCUCUGCUUUCGCUUGCGGGAGGGUCACCGCUGCUGUCCUCUGUCCGGCUCAACGGCCCCGUACUGAAUCUGCUCCGCCUUCCCUUGUCGGGCAUCACCCAGCUCUGCCUCGUCGAGGAGCGAUUCCCGCUUCCAUUUCGGUCGAUAUGCGAGAUCCUCCAGCAAUGUCUCUCCCUCGUCAAUUUUGCGUUCAUCGGACACUCGCAGCGGCCGCACAGAAGACUCGCUGCGCCGAUCGACGUCCUGCCCUUCCGCUUGCCCGAGCUGCGCUAUCUCGCCCUCUCGAACGGAGGCAACGCUGACGUCAUCCUGUCCGCGAUGACGGCGACCAAACUCGACACGAUCCGGCUGUGCAACUUUGACGAGGGCGAUCUGGCGUAUUUCCUGCAGCUCCCGCCCGCCUCGCGCUUCCCCGUGCUCGCGUCGAUGACGCUCCUCGACAACACGUUCUCGAUCGCGGACUACCACGACAUCGCGCGCCUGUUCCCCGGCGUGCGCGCGUUCGCGUGCUCGAACUCGCUCUACACGGACGACGCGCUCGAGUUCCUCGUCCCGCUGCCCAACUCGGAGAGCGCGACGCACAUGCCGUGGCCGAACCUCGACACGCUGUCCUUCAGCGAGGCCCAGUUCCAGGAGAAACACCAGGCGAUGUUGUGCAGCCUCGUCGCCGCACGCAUUGCCCUCAGCGCGCCGAUCCAGCGCCUCUUCCUGGGCUCAGCGAACCGGGUGCUGUUGGAUGGGGAGCGGCUGGAGUGGCUCAAGGAGAGGCUGGUCAUUGACGAGAGCCCGGAAAUGCCGGAGGGCCAGGAAAUGAAGUCGUUGGUCCACUUCUCGGGCGAUGUGAAUCUAUGUUGAGAGCGAUGCGCGGCCGGCUACUAUGUAUUAUAUUAUAUCCCGGGCCGUCUGCGCGCUCCAAUUAUGCAAUAUACUUACUUACUCAAGGUUAUCAUCAUCGUCAUCAUCCAGAGUAGCUCUCCCCCCUAGACUUCCCCGUAGAAACUGUAGCAUCAUGCUGCUCUGAAAUCAUCAGCAUGUAGUAUGUAAUAGCUCUGGACGCCUCUGCGGCCGACUUGAC